AUGGACGUUGACGCAAAGAUAAGUGACGUCCAAGAGAUCGAGGCUACCGGGGAUGCCAUAUUUGGUAAUGAGCAGCACAACCGAUGCCCAGAGCAUGAGUUGACCAUUGCAAACAUUUGCAAGAGGCACAAACUCGUUGUCUGGUGGUGCUUUUACUGGGCAAUGGCCGCUGUUGGUUGGGGCUUUGACGCUCAAAUCAACGGUGGAAUGAUCUCUGUUCCGUCCUUCCGACGUGAUUUUGGAUAUACCGUCAAUGGGGAGGCCAUUCUCCCUGCGGACUGGCAGUCCGCAUUCAACGUCAUUGGCACCGUUGGCCAAUUUUUCGGCGGCUUCAUAUGCAGUUGGCUAGCAGACAGGAUUGGCCGCAAAAACUCUCUUUUAAUCGGCGUGAUAGUGUGUAGUGGUGGCUGCGUUGGUGAGAUUUUCUCUGCUACUCGCUCAGCCUUCCUCGGAUCUAAGCUUGUCUUUGGUGUCGGCUUGGGCUUCUACCUUAGCCUGGCUCCUAUGAUGACGAGCGAGCUUGCACCCGUCGCACUUCGAGGCAUUGCAACUGCUGGAGUAAAUCUUGGAAUCGCCAUCGGCCAGCUUAUUUCCAAUUCUGUGGUAAAAGCUUUUGGAGAGAGGGACGAUCGAUGGGCGUACCGUGGACCUUUUGCAACGCAGAUCUUCUUCGCUAUAUUCCUUCUCGCGUUUCUACCACUAGCUCCAGAAAGCCCAUGGUAUCUCGUACGAGUGAAUAAGACAGAAGAAGCGAGAAAAGUCAUUUUAAAACUUUAUGGAGAGAACGACACAGUUAGCAGGCUGGUAGAAAUCGAGGAGACGAUCCGACACGAAAAGGUUCAAGGAAUCGAGAAAUCAAGUUUCGUUGAUUGUUUUAAGGGAACUAAUCGGAUUCGUACUGGCAUCUCGACCGGCGUUUUCUUAUGUCAACACUUGGUGGGUAUCAUCUUCGUACUUGGCUACUCGACAUACUUCUUUCAGCUUGCAGGCCUUGACGUCUCCAACUCAUUCGACCUGGGAGUUGGUGUUACAGCCUGCGGCGUCCUAGGCAACAUUAUCAGUUGGUUCAUUAUAGAGCGGUACGGUCGUCGAAAACUCUUUUUGUCUGGAAUGGUUACUCUCACUGCUCUCCUUUUGCUUAUUGGCAUAAUGGACGUCGUUCCAAGCCAAGCUGCGAAGUGGGUGCAGGCCGCCAGCACUGUUGUUUAUGCAUUCGUCUAUUUUCUCACUAUUGGCGCGGUGGCUUUCACUAUUCUCGGUGAGGCAUCUAGCACAGUUUUACGCGCAAAGACAAUCUCUCUUGCGACCGCUACACAGGCCAUUUGUGGUCUGGUUAUGAAUUUCGCCAUCCCCUAUAUGGUAAACCCUGAUUCGGGCAAUUUAAGAGGAAAGGUGGGCUUUGUCUUUGGAGGAUUGGCCAUAGUUGGUACUAUUGGAAGUUGGGUAUACGUGCCAGAACUUAAAGGGAAGACGUUUGGCGAGAUCGAUCAGCUCUUUGCCGAGAAAGUGCCACCUCGGAAAAUGGGUUAG